AUGCUGCCCCCGCCGCCUCCCGCCCUCUCCACCGUGCGCGGGUUCGGCGCCUCGUCUGUCGCAUCCGGCGACGACGAUUCCGACUACUGCAAGACGCCGCCCUUGAACGCCCGACGAGGCCGUGUCCCUCGCAUCGACGAUGUCGUGAGCGCAAACUGCAGCCCGACCCUCCGCGGCCACCACUCGCCCGCCGUCGGCGGCAUCGCCAAGUUGCGUCUGCAGAUGGAGCCUCUCAGUCUGAACGACUCGCGCUCCAGCACCAUGACCUACUCCGACAGCCACGCCGGCACCAUGACCAGGACCAACAGCCAGCAGAGCAGACUGGGCCGCAGCGACGACGAUGUGUCCGAGAACGGAUCCACCAGCUACGAGAUCCCCCUCGAGCACGACUUCGUUAGCGAGAGCGUCCGCGAGAAGCCCAAGUUCGGCGCCAUCGAAGGCGGGCUCGUGCAGCGCAAGAUGCAGGCCGACGACUUCCAGCCUCUGCGCUGUCUCGGCAAGGGAACCUACGGAACCGUGCUUCUGGUUCGGCAGCGCGCCACGGGGCGGCUCUACGCUCAGAAGCAGUUCAAAAAGGCAUCUGUUGUAGUCCACAAGAAGCUCGUGGAGCAGACCAAGACGGAGCGACAGAUCCUCGAAUCGGUCAACCGACACCCGUUCGUUGUCAAGCUCUUCUACGCCUUCCAGGACCACGAGAAGCUAUACCUGAUUCUUGAGUACGGGCAAGGCGGCGAGUUGUUUACUCAUCUCAACACCGAGAAGAUGUUCCCAGAGCCCGUGGCCGCUUUCUACAUGGCGCAGAUGAUCCUCGCCCUGUCUCAUCUCCACGACACCCUGGGCGUUAUCUACCGCGACCUGAAGCCAGAGAACUGUCUGUUGGAUGCGCAAGGAAACUUGCUGCUCACCGACUUUGGUCUCUCAUCUCAGGUCUCGGUUGACGACGAGGACUGCUGCAAGUCCAUUCUGGGCACGGUCGAGUACAUGGCUCCCGAGGUCAUUGCUGGGGAGAAGUAUGGCAAGGCCGUGGACUGGUGGUCGUUCGGGGCGCUGGGGUACGACCUUAUGACGGGUAACCCACCUUUCCGGGGCGGCAACCAUGCCAAGAUCCAGCAGAACAUCCUCAAGCAGAAGCUGGUCUUGCCGUACUUCCUCAGCCCUGACGCCAAGGACCUGCUUACCCGGCUGCUGAACAAGAGCCCGAAGAAGCGUCUGGGCGGCAACAUGCCCAAAGAUCUUCAGACCUUGAAGAAGCAUCGCUUCUUCCGCAAGAUUGACUGGAAGAAACUGGCCGCCAAGGAGGUCGAGCCUCCCAUCCAGCCCAUGAUCACGGAUCCUGAGCUGGCCGAGAACUUUGCGCCCGAGUUCACCGAGCUCCCCCUCAGUCCCGUCAUCACUGCCAAAGAUCUGUGGGGUGCUGGCUCUCCGAAGACCAAGGAUGGCUUGAAGGAGGAUCCUUUCGGCGGGUUCAGCUUUGUAGCCUCGAACAGCUUGAUCGAAAAUGCAGCAUUCUUGACCAUGGAAGCAUAG